AGGCCGGUUUAUGUAUGAGGAGUUGGCACUAUGACCGCACUGCUGUUGAUAAUACUGUCACGAUGAUGAUGAUGAUGAUGAUGCAGAGGCUAGAGAAGACGGUACUGGCUUUAUUCCCGUUGCCGAUGGUGUAGUGGAGUUAGCUCUGUUGUGUUCGGAUCCAGAGAGAGAGAGAGACAGACAGACACACAGAGCCUGCGGAUCAUGGCAGAGCGAUGCUCCGGGAGCCCGGCCCCGGAAUGCGGCGCCCAGGCGGACUCCCACGACCCGGAAUCCCAGGAGCUGUCCCUGGAACACAUCCUGAAGCUUUACAACCAGCCCCUGAACGAGGAGCAGGCUUGGGCGGUGUGCUACCAGUGCUGCAGCAGCCUCCAGCGGCAGCGGCGGCCCGGGGACCCGCAGCCUUUCCCGGGCAGGCUGAGCGGGACCAGGGCGGUCAUUCUGCAGCGAGACGGCAACAUCAGCAUCCGGAGCGAAGCAGGUAAAGACAAAGUAAUCCGAUGUACAGAACCAGAGGUGAUUGAAUCUGUGGGAAUUCUUGUUUACAAAGCCCUGGACUGGGGCCUGAAGGACAAUGAAGAACGGGAGCUCAGCCCUCCUUUAGAACAGUUGAUUGGUCAAAUGACGAAUAUUCUGGAUGAGGCGCUGAAGACUGAAGGAAACCUGGAUGAAGGAUAUGAUGCUCAGGAUGAAGAGGAAGAGCAAAAAGAGAUUACCGUCAUAAGAAAUUUUAAACAUGUAAUGAUGCUCUGCGCUGCUCACUUGACGACACCGUCGGAAGCUCCAAACCAUUACCAGGCUGUGUGCCGGGCCCUGUUUGCCGAAUCCAUGGAGUUACGCACCUUCUUGGCCAAAAUUAAAAGUGCUAAAGAGAAUCUGAAGAAACUGCUGGAUGAGAAGGGUGAAAGCAGUCACCCCAACAUGGAACUCAAUGAGCUCAAUAACUUUGACUGGGCCUGCUUUUGGGUUCAAGUGAUGCGGGAUUUGCGGAAUGGUGUGAAGCUGAAGAAGGUGCAAGAGAGACAAUAUAACCCCCUGCCUAUUGAGUACCAGCUCACACCGUACGAAAUGCUCAUGGAUGACAUCCGAUCCAGAAGGUACACGCUGCGAAAGGUUAUGGUUAAUGGUAACCUCCCUCCCAAAUUGAAGAAAAGUGCCCAUGAAAUGAUCCUGGACUUUAUUCGCUCAAGGCCUCCAUUAAACCCUGCAUCUGCACGGAAACUCAAGCCACAUCCACCACGUCCUCGGAGUCUCCAUGAAAGAAUAUUAGAAGAAAUCAAAUCUGAGCGAAAACUGCGGCCAGUAUCACCCGACAUGAUCCGACGUAGCAAACAUGUAAUGAGGCCACUUAGCAUGUCUUGCAGUUUUGACUUGUCAGAUGUGACAACCCCAGAGAGGAGCAGGAAGACCUCACCCCCUCCUAUGGCCAAUGGUGCAGUUAUGUCCCAAAUUACAGAGACUGAUGCCCACACGUCACAAGUUCAAAGAAGAAGACUCCUGAAGGCACCUACGCUGGCAGAGAUAGACAGCUCCGACUCUGAGGAGGAGAGGAUUAAGAUGUUGAGGAGCAGUUCCAGUGGAUCAACAUUUAAAGUGGAAGACAGCUCCCCGGACACUCCAAAUGGCAAAAAGACUCCUCCAAUGUUCCUGCCCAUCUCCUCAACUCCACAGCCUGAGCGAAGGAAGCAACCUCAGAGGCGACACUCCAUUGAGAAGGAAACGCCAACCAAUGUGCGUCAGUUUCUUCCCCCAUCUCGGCAGAGUUCCAAGUCUCUGGUGUCCAGGCUAAGCAGUUUAUUACCUCGGAUGAGCCACCGACUGUUUAUCCCAAGCAUGCAAACAGUCUCCAUGCUUAAUUCUUGCCCGCUGGAAGCCGCCAUGUUUGGUUUGGUGGGGGCUGUGUAUUUUCUGUGUGAGGGAGUCUUUACCAGCAGGUGGAAAACACCAAAGGAGGAGUUCUGUUACCCUGUGGAGUGUCUGGCACUGACUGUGGAGGAAGUGAUGCACAUCCGACAGGUCUUGGUGAAAGCAGAACUAGAAAAGUACCAGCAGUAUAAGGAUGUCUACACUGCUCUGAAGAAAGGAAAGUUGUGUUUCUGCUGCCGAACAAAGAGAUUCUCGAUCUUCACCUGGUCAUACACUUGCCAAUUUUGUAAAAGACCAGUGUGUUCACAGUGUUGUAAAAAGAUGCGACUACCCUCCAAACCAUACAGCAAUCUUCCAAUUUUUUCCUUGGGACCUUCAGCAUUGCCAAAAGAGGGGAAGCUGUCGAAGUCUGAGAGGCCAUCAGGCAGUCGCCGUCGUCAUGAUGGUCAACACAAGAGUCUAGUCAGAUUUCCAUCAGUAUCCAAACCUUCAGAGAAAUCGACAGAUAGUCUAGAGUUCCCCAAAGAGCUGAUGGAGGACUGGAGCACGAUGGAAGUUUGUGUUGACUGUAAGAAAUUCAUUUCCGAAAUCAUAAGUUCCAGUCGGCGGAGCCUGGUGCUGGCGAACAAGCGGGCCAGGUUAAAACGGAAAACUCAGUCCUUUUAUAUGUCCUCGGAGAGUGCAUCAGAAUUUCGACUGGCAGCACCCAAGGAACGAACUAUCAAAGAGGUUUAGACCUGUGCCUUUUUAUUUUCUUCCUGAAGCUGUUUCUUUGAAGAGGGAUCUCCAAACAAAACAACUAGAAAUGGAUCCACAUACACACCAGAACAUGGACUGACUAUGCUAAAAUUCAUAAAUAUCUAGCUUUCAUGUAUUAAUAAAAGUCAGGGUUCAUUUGUAUAGUCUUAUCUUUGUCAAUGGGUCUUAUCCAACAUGAAAUAAUGUAAGUUACUUGUAUAUAAUUGUAAUAUAUUUUAUUAACAAGAGGGUUUGGACCUCAUUGACAUUGGGAGUGGAUGUUUAACACCACUUGCAGCAGGUGAAGAAUUGAUAACUUGUAUAAUAUUUAAUCUGUGCAGUAUAUGUACAUUGAAUAUAUACGACAGAAGAUCUUUGUUUAAUCUUGAACGUCUGCUAAGGCAAUGAUCUUAUUUGAUGGAGUCAUUUUUUAAACUUACACUUUGUGUCAACGGGUUUAUAGGUGAGCGAGAAAGAUCAUUUCAGUUGUUAAGGGCAAUAUGAGCUCACUUUUUUAUCAUUUAAAAGCAAAGGCACAUUUAUUUUUAAACUGGACGAUGGAUAUAUGACACAGACUCCUCUCUGUUUUCAUGAAAGCGACAGUAUUUGUCAAAACUGAUGUCAGACCUGUAUUGAACACUUCAUUGCCAGCUUACAUAGGACAGUUUUUGCACUUAUGUGAAGUACUUGAUUUAUGCUCUCUUUCGAAACUUCCUUUAACUAAUGGCUUGCUCCAUGGCAGUAGAUCUUAAGAUCAUAAGAAACAGGGAUAGGAGUAGGCCAUUCAGUCCGUCAAGCCUGCUUUGCCGUUUAAUAAGAUCAUGUGAUCUGAUUGUGGUCUUAAUUUUUCCUGAAGCAGCUUUGUGACCAGUCACCCACUGAGCUGAUCAAUCCAGCUUACUGCAAUAAAUUCAUUGCUAAUCCGUGUUGCCUUUCAGUCUUGGCGUACUGGUAAUUAGCCUGAACACUUAAGGAAUGGAUUGCCAUAACUUCCCAUUCUUUUACUCCAUUCCCCCAUUGUGCUGCAAGAUAUAGUUUCAAAGUUAUUACUGUAGAGCUGAUGUGAACAAGACAUGUCAUUCAGUUCACGUGCUGAGUUUUCUAUACGUUCGAUGUAAAUGCAAUGACUGUUCAUGCAUCAAUUAAAAACAAACUUUAAUCUUUAUAA